ACUUGACAACAAUUGCAAAAACAAAUCUUAAGUUGAAGCCUUUUGCGUUUUAACCUUGACGCUUUUUCUCCCUUUCUUCCGCCACUGCAGUUCCUUAAAGUUAUUAGACCCAUUAUUAUUUUUCUUCAUUUUAUUCUUCAACUAAACUCCAUUAACAACAAUGGGGUUUUCUUCUGAACAGCCAUCAAUGACAACCGCUUUAAAGUGGUUAGGUUUCGUCACAGCCGUAUGGGUACAAGCCAUUUCCGGCAACAACUACACAUUUUCCAAUUACUCUGAUGCACUCAAAACUUUAAUGAAUUUAACCCAAGUUCAAUUAAACAAUUUAUCAGUUGCUAAAGAUGUUGGUAAAGCUUUUGGACUUCUUGCUGGUCUUGCUUCUGAUACUUUCCCUACUUGGCUUCUUCUUCUUAUCGGCUCUCUUGAAGGUUUUCUUGGUUAUGGUGUUCAAUGGCUUGUUGUUAGCAAAACUAUUAAUCCUCUUCCAUAUUGGGCUAUGUGUAUAUUUAUGUGUAUGGGAGGGAACAGUACCACUUGGAUGAAUACAGCCAUCUUAGUCACAUGUAUUCGAAACUUCCGAAAAAACAGGGGACCAGUUUCAGGGAUUCUAAAGGGUUAUGUGGGUUUAAGCACUGCUAUAUUCACUGAUGUUUGUAGUGCACUCUUUGCUGAUAGCCCUGCCAAGUUCCUCAUGAUGCUCUCCAUUGUCCCUUUUUUGGUUUGUCUAACCGCGAUGAUCUUUCUCCGGGAGGUUCCUCCCUCGACUUCUGAAUCGGACAUCUCUAAAGAAUCAAAUUACUUCAAUAUGUUUAACAUUGUGGCGGUUGUUGUUGCCGUUUACCUUUUAACACACGAUCUGAUUGGAUCACUCGGACAUGCUUAUGAUGUAGUCUUUUCCGUUGUUCUAUUAGCAUUGCUUGCUUUCCCGUUGGUUAUACCAGCGUUUAUUGCGUUUCAAGCAUGGUUGGAUUCAAAAACUAAGGAUGAUAUCGAGGAUCAGAACGGGGAAUGUACUGCGCCCUUACUAGCUCCGGAAGGUGUGCCAGUAUCGCAACCAAGUCAAGAAGUGAAUGGCGAUGCCAUGGCUAACAAGGAGGUUGUGGAAGUAAAUGGGGAGAUCAAGAAAUCGCAACCUGUUCUUGGUGAAGAGCACACUAUUGUUGAGGCUUUAAAGACAGUUGAUUUUUGGGUUCUAUUUGUGUCUUUUUUGUGUGGAGUUGGAACUGGUAUGGCUGUUAUGAACAAUAUGGGUCAGAUGGGUUCUGCUCUUGGGUACUCAGAUGUGUCAAUCUUUGUGUCGUUACUCAGCAUAAUGGGAUUUUUUGGGAGGAUCAUCUCCGGGACAGUUUCCGAGUAUUGUAUCAAGAAAGCCGCAACGCCUAGACCACUCUUCAAUGCAGCUUCACAAAUCUUGUUGGCUGUCGGAUUUGUCAUCAUGGCUAUGGGUCUCCCUGGAAGUUUAUACCUUGGAUCUAUCAUCGUUGGCUUGUGCUACGGUGUUCGUCUAGCAAUCACAGUCCCAACAGCCUCUGAAUUAUUCGGCCUCAAAUAUUAUGGUCUCAUAUACAACAUUCUUAUCCUCAACUUACCACUUGGCUCGUUCCUUUUCUCUGGACUCCUUGCAGGUUUACUCUAUGACGCUGAAGCUACCGUCACUCCUAGUGGAGGGAACGAGUGCUAUGGAACUCACUGUUAUAGACUCUGUUUCUUCAUCAUGAGCGGUGCUUGCCUUGUCGGGUGUGCUUUGGAUGUUUUGAUGGCUACCAGAACCAAGGACCUUUACGCAAAGAUCGCUGCUAGUAAAAGAUAGAAGCCUGGUGUGAACGGAAGAUGAUCACUCGUUUCCUAGGGUAUUUUUGUCUGAGAUUUAUAAUUCUUUUGAUUCUACAAGGUAAAAUGUUGUGUAUAUGUAGAAAAUAAAGACAAUUUUACGUUUAAUUUUGUGCAAUUUUUAGUGUUGUACUAUGUUAGUUAGCUAGAAAGACAGGGAAGAAGAGGGGAGAGGGGGAAUCUUAUAUGAGCCUAUGAGUGAUCUUUUAACUGUAGCAAUAUUUAUUCCCAAAUACAAAAAACAAAAUCCAAGAAAAAAAGUGAUACAAUGAUGGUAAAUCAUUAUCAUAUAUCAUUCUUGA